AUGCCAGGCAAACCUGCUCCCAUCAAGAAGUCUCCUGCCAAGAAGGCCGCCGCGAAGGCACCUGAGCCGGCCCCGGAGCCUGAACCCGCCCCGGUAGAAGCUCCACCUGCGGAACCGGCUGAGGCUCCACCGGAGGCCGCUGCUCCCGCUGAGGCUCCGGCCGAGGCAGCUCCUCCUGCGGAGGCAGACGCAGCAUCGCCCGCAGCCCCAGCUGAGGACGCCCCCGCCGCGGAGGAAAUCGCCCCAGAUGCUCCUGCUGCAGAUGCUCCCACAGAUGCUGCUCCAGCAGAAGCUGCCGUUGUUGAGGAGCCACCCAAGGCCCCCACGCCGCCACCUCCUGCAGUCCCCACCAGCGCUCCUCUGGAUGUGUCUGUGGAGGAUGUGAACGACUCCAGCCUCACUAUCCAAUGGAAGACGCCGGAGACUAUUGGAGACUCCGGCCUGGACGGAUACACCAUCGAGUACUGCAAGGAUGGAACAACAGCCUGGGUUGUAGGUAACGAGGAACUGACCCCAGCAAACUGCUUCUGCAUCAAGAAUCUGACAGCCGGUGACCUGCUGCUUGUUCGCGUGGUGGCUGUAAACGCUGGAGGUCGCAGUGAACCUGGUGUACUGGCUGCGCCCGUGCCAAUCCGUGAGGUUGUUGAACGUCCCAGGAUCCGCAUGCCCCGCAUGCUCAGAACUCGUGUCAUCAGGCAGGUUGGAGAGCAGGUCAACCUGGUCAUCCCCUUUCUUGGGAAGCCCAAACCUGUGGUGUCCUGGCUGAAGGACGGUCAGCCUGUAGAUACAAAGAGGUUCAACAUCAGGAACAGCGACAACGACAGCAUCAUGUUCAUCCGCACAGCUGAGCGGGAGGACUCCGGCGUUUACGAGCUGACUGUUAAAGUGGACAGCUUUGAAGACAAAGCCGCGCUCACCCUUCAGAUUGUGGAGCUGCCCGGUUCUCCUGUCAGUGCGAAGCUGGUGGACAGCUGGGGCUUCAAUGCUGCUCUCGAGUGGACCCCUCCCAAGGAUAACGGCAACACAGACAUCACUGGUUACACCGUUCAGAAGUCGGACAGGAAGACUGGGGAAUGGUUCAGCGUGCUGGAGCACUACCACAGGCUAAGUGCCACCGUCUCAGACCUCAUCAUGGGCAACUCGUACGCUUUCCGGGUGUUCGCUGAGAACCAGGUGGGCAUCAGUGAGAAGGGAACUGUCACCAAACAGGUGGCCACCAUCCUGAAGACAGGUAUUGUCUACAAGCCUCCCCAGUACGUGGACCACGACUUCACCGAGGCCCCAAAGUUCACCACCGCCCUCAACGACCGCGCUGCCACUGUGGGAUACACCACCAAGCUGCUGUGUUCUGUCCGUGGAAGUCCCAAGCCACAGAUCGAGUGGAUGAAAAAUCAGAUGAUCAUCGGCGACGACCCCAAGUAUCGUAAGAUCUCCAACCAAGGCAUCUGCUCACUGGAGAUCCGUAAGCCGGGCAGCUUCGACGGCGGCGUGUACACCUGCAGAGCCAAGAACGCCCAGGGAGAGGCCACAGUGUCCUGCAAGCUGGAGGUCAAACAGGUAAUUAUCGGGGAGGCUGAAAAGCGAAAAUAAACGAAACUUCUGAAUCUCCAGAGUUCCUUUAAUGGACCAGCAGAAGUCCAGGUCUUAUGUUGUGUGAGUGCUUGAGGAGGUGAGAGAGAAAGUCAUGGCUGGCUGUGCAGCAGUGUGUACAUAAUGAAGAAAGGGACAGAGCAACAUACCAACAUCUCCAUUUUAUUUCCACCAUCACAUCCCGACUCACCCUCUCCUCCCAGUAUGCAGGGAGGAACCACACCACCCGACCCAUCCCACUCUGCCAGUUGUGUGUUAUUUUAGUUGGUGACAUGUUUGUAAGGCUAUAUUUAGCCUGUUUUUUU